UUCUCCCCAAAAUUGCAACUACUAGAACCCUAGUCCAGUGCGACCCAAAACCCAAGCUCCUCCUCACACCAUUGCAGUUAUUUGCAGCAUCAGCGCAAGCACCACCCAUGGCGAUGGCCUCCACCCUCCCGCUCCUCCUCGUGCACCGCUCCACCCCUCCGACUCCGAGGCCUACCGCGCCGCCGCUCCUCCACUCCCGCCGCCUCACCCUUCCUUCCCGCCUCGCCUCGCUCCCCGCGACAAUCGCAGUCGUCCACCCGCGCAAGGGCGUCCGCCUCUCGAAGCUCCACGCCGCCUCCUGCUGCGAUUCCGCCUCCGCCGCCGGAGUCACCACCGGAGGAGGAGCUGGUGGUGGUGGAGCAAAAGGAGCAAUGGAUUGGCGUCUCCUGUUAGCCUGGUACCUGCUGGCUCUUGAUAAGCAUCCCAUCACCACUAAGGCUGUUACCUCUGCCGUCCUAACCCUGACCGGAGACCUCAUCUGCCAGCUUGCAAUUGAUAAAGUGCCAAAGCUAGAUUUGAAGAGAACGUUUGUAUUCACAUUUUUGGGACUUGUCCUGGUGGGGCCAACAUUGCAUGUCUGGUACUUGUACUUGAGUAAAUUAGUGACGAUCAAUGGUGCAUCAGGUGCAAUUGCUCGCCUCUUACUUGAUCAGUUCAUUUUCUCUCCCAUUUUCAUUGGAGUGUUUAUGAGUUUACUCGUCACCUUGGAGGGAAAGCCUUCUCUUGUAGUUCCAAAGCUCAAGCAGGAGUGGUUAUCAUCAGUGAUUGCGAAUUGGCAAUUGUGGAUACCCUUUCAGUUCUUGAAUUUUUACUUUGUCCCACAAAAAUUUCAGGUUCUUGCUGCUAAUUUUGUAGCCCUUGCGUGGAACGUGAUUCUAUCAUUUAAAGCUCACAAAGAAGUUACUGUGAAAUAGGUUUAGGCAGAUUCGGAUAUAUAGUUGGCGACACGGAGAAGUACGCAGUGGCUUGUCGCAGCUGCAGUUUGCUAACGAAUGAGCUCCACGUCCAUGCCCGGCGAGCAUAGCUCUCUUUUGUGCCCCUAACAGUUGAGGUGUAGAAAUUCUUUGGUAGUGAAAUAUCUAGGGCGUGUUCCUUACUGGUAUUGCUGUACUGAAGGCGGCAAAGUAAGUAACCAUAUCACCGUGAUGGCAUGCCUGAGCCUGCAAACGCAUGGUGUUGAGAUCUUGUACAUUGUUAUAUGUAGUAGGUCAAGUGAGUAGGUUCAAACUGUCAUUAUCUGAAGCAGUGGUGUACUGUUUCAUCCUGCCAACGCGGUGUGAUCAGUGGUUGUGUGCGCCAGCUGACUCUGUUUAUCUGUCUGGCAAACACAGUCGGUGCCUGUUUUCUCUUGGGCUUGCAUCCUUCCUGUCUCCGUUGUGUAAGCAAGGGUUGCUGUUGAUCCAGCUGACCCGACAGUGAUGUGUUUAGCAUGAACAACACAGUUCUGCCUUCUAUUUUUCUAAAGAUGUUGCAGCGAUGUGUAACAAUGUUCA